GUGUGUCGUCACUCACAGUCGACGGGAUACCAGGUAGCUGGGACGCCAUUCACAGCAGCACACCACCACCACCUUACACCGCCACAUACCUGCGGAGGAGGAAGAGAUGGCGACCUGUAAUAAGUUUUGCGGCGUUACUUUAGCGUGUGCGCUUGUGUUUGCGUUAUUUGCGGCGGAGGCUUCUUCUGAAAACACGAAGACGGUGGAGUUCAACGUUAAACCCGGAGGAGUGGUGCACACGUUCACUGAGGGCAUUAGGGAGUAUGAAUGCUCAUUCACGUAUGCUUCACAAGGGGGAACCAAUGAGCAAUGGCUGAUGAGUGUGGGUCUGAGUGACGACGACAGGCUGUUUUCCUGCUCUGUGUGGAGGCCUCAGGGGAAGUCCUACCUGUUUUUCACUCAGUUCAAAGCUGAACUGAAGGGAACCAAAAUUGAAUAUGCCAAUGCAUAUUCACAGACAGCGACGGCAGGAUCGAGUGACGUGCCUUUGAAGCCGGAGGAAUUUACAGUAGGAGACUCAACAGUGACCCACAGAGAUGGAAAGUUCAGCGCUCAACUCUCCAAACUGACUGCCAUCGGACGGACACGACACGACGAGCUGUAACUGGUCAGAUUGGUCUGACUUGGCUUUGGUCUGGUUUUGACCAGUCAGAGCACCCCGAGCUCUGAGUUUGGCCUCUGUGUUUCAGAUCAGUAGUCAAUGAAGGAUAGAUUUGGGAGUUUUUCCUGAGUGACAGCCAAAAAUUGAAGUCGGAUAAUACUGAUACUGCCUGUGUGGCAAUUUGUGUCAGUGCAUUAAUUACCUGGUAUGUACAGUGGAUUUAUCUGCUACCUGGGGCAAAAAAAAAAAAAAAAUACAGCAAGGAAUCAGUUGAAUAUUCAUAUUUUUUUAACUUCAUAAUGUCCUAGUUAAAAUUCUGCCAUGAGAUAAAGUGCUUCCUUAGUGCUUGCUUAGUUUCUGAGGCUGAAAGAUUUACAGAAAACAAAUCUGUCCUGAUCCACUGGGGAUGUAUGUGAAUGUAUAGAGGAUUGGUGUCUGGGGGCUUGUAGAGUAUAGAUAACAUAUUUAGAGUAGGGAAGGAUUUAUCCAUGUUGUGUAAUCCUGAGAGGAAAGUGAGUAAUCCUCAAUAGCAUCAGUGCACACACACAGAAACAAUUAUAUUUUCCUCAAUCUCAUUCUGUUCUAGAUAACUGUAAGCACAUAUUUCAUCCCCCUUAACCACCAAUCAGCACCACUUGUGAUAACUUUUUAUGUUUUUAUUUUUAUUUUUGGCCAGAAGGGAUGCUUGUAAUAGAGCAGAUAGCAGCUUCAUAACACGAUACAAAGAGAUAGAUCCACUGUGGUUUUGUCAUUUUGAAUAAAUCUUAAACAGUGUUGGUGUGAAUUCAUUCAAGUAUGAAUGAUUAUUUUUAUUUGAAAUUACCUUAAUCUUGAUUGUUUUAAUUAAACACCUGCAGCAGGUAAUGCAGCAGAAGAUAUAGAAGGUUUUUUUUUUUUUUUGCGUCAAUGACUUCACAGUUUCAUUGUUUGAGGUUUUACCCAAAAUGUAAGUCGUGCACAGACAUUUGGGGUGAUGGUAUAUUUGGCGAGGAGUUGCAAUCCGUACUCCUGAGCCCUUCUUGAACUUUUGCUUUCAUCCUUCAGCGCCACAUGUGUGGAUCAGCGAGGAUAUUGUGCAGGUUUCAGAAGUACAUCGUUAUGAUUAUAAGUCUCUCUCCUCUCCCUGCACCCUUAUGUAGCAAGUAGGAUUGCUUUUAUCUUCCUUACAAUGAUCCAACCCUCUUAGAUCCACGCAAAAGCACAGAAGAUGAGUUUUCUGAUUAGAUUCUGAGGUUGGAUUACUCACUGAGAUCCGCAGCUUGUUUGGUCUAGGCUUGGAUCCUCUCAUCUGUCUAGAGGUGAUCCCCUGGAGUUGAGGAAAUGCUCAGUUUGUGUGUCCCUUUGUCACUAUCGAGGCUCCCUCGGGGCUCACAACAGGGAAAAACCACCUCCAGAUGCUGACCCCAGUACAGAGAAAAACACAAAUGUUACUUAUUUUGUACAUGUUUUCGCUCUUUUUUUUCUACUUCUUGAUUGUUCUGAUUCAUGAUGAAAUGUGAUGGAUGUUUCAAUAAAGACAUGUUGUCACUGUU